AUGGCGACCUCCACGAAACGGGUAGGUAAAAUCCGCCAAAUCGUGCGGCUCAAACAAGUCAUGCUGCGGUGGAAGCACAUGAACCUCCGGCGCCGGACGGAUUCGUGUCCCUCUUCCUACUCCGAUUCCGGUCAGCGCAUCCCGCCGGGUUUUAUCGCGCUUUAUGUAGGUCCGGAACGCAAACGAUUCGUGAUUCCCACUCGGUUCCUGAACCUACCAGUGUUCGUAGGUCUUCUGAAGAAAGCCGAGGAAGAGUUCGGGUUUCAGAGAACCGGCGGUUUGGUUCUGCCCUGCGAGGUUGGGUUUUUCGGAGAAAUGCUGAAACUUUUGGAGACCGAUGAGAGUGAAUACCGUGGGUUUGGUUUGGAUGAUUUCUUGAAGCUGGUUUCGGAAAUAGGUUCUGAAUCUUGCAACGAAGCAGCGUCGUCAAGUUCAUUCCACAUGGCCACUCCCCUGCUACAGAAAGCGAGGGUCUGA